AUGUGGAUGGAGGAGCACAACCUCACCAUGGUGACUGAAUUCAUUCUGCUGGGCAUCACAGACCGUCCUGAGCUGCAGGCUCCACUGUUCGUGCUGUUCCUCGUCAUCUACCUGACCUCGCUGGUGGGCAACGUGGGCAUGAUCGUGCUCACCCAGGUGGACUCCGGGCUGCAAACACCCAUGUACUUUUUCCUCAGACACCUGGCUCUCACUGAUCUUGGUUACUCUACAGCUGUGGGGCCCAAAAUGUUGGAAAAUUUUGUAGUGGAUCAAAAUACAAUCUCCUAUUAUGGUUGUGCCACACAGCUGGCUUUCUUAAUUCUGCUUAUAGCUUGUGAACUUUUUAUUCUGUCUGCCAUGUGCUAUGACCGCUAUGUGGCCAUCUGUAAGCCUCUGCUGUACACUGUCAUCAUGUCUCCAAGAGUGUGUUGGGUUCUAGUGGCAAUUCCCUAUCUCUACUGCACAUCUGUGUCUCUUCUGGUCACCGUGAAGAUUUUCACUCUGUGCUGUGGACACAAUGUCAUCAGUCAUUUCUUCUGUGACAGUCUCCCCUUGUUAUCUCUUAUCUGCUCAGAUACACACAAAAUUGAAUUGAUAAUUCUGCUUUUAUCAGCUUUUGAUUUGAUUUCCUCUUUUUCAAUGCUCCUAGUGUCCUACCUGCUCAUCUUUGUGGCCAUUCUCAGGAUGAACUCCACAGAGGGCAGGUGCAAGGCCUUCUCCACCUGUGGGUCCCACCUGACCGUGGUCACAGUCUUCUAUGGGACUUUGAUAUUUAUGUACGUGCAGCCCAGGGCCAGUCACUCCACUGACACUGACAAAGUGGCUUCCAUAUUUUAUACGUUGGUCAUCCCCAUGUUGAAUCCAUUGAUCUACAGCUUGAGGAAUGAAGAUGUAAAAUAUGCUCUUUGUAGGACAUGGAAAAAAAUAUGCAAGUAUUUUUCUUUAAAGUUACAUACAAUGUAA